AUGUCUCUCUCUAAAGUCGCAUGGCUCAUCCUAGGCACAUCUGGUCUGGCCGCAGCUCAUGGGCACAUCGAUCGUAUCGACAUUGAUGGCAAGUCCUAUGGUGGAUUCCUGGUCGAUCAAUUCCCUCAUGAACAAAACGUCCCUGAUCUUAUCGCGUGGCCAACUGCGGAUACUCAGGACGGCCCUGUUCAAACCUUUGACUACAACCAGCCGAAUAUUAUCUGCCACCAGGAUGCCAAGCCUGGUUCUCUCGCUGGCGAGGUGGCUGCUGGAGGCAAGGUGACGAUUCACUGGAACAAAUGGUUCGAAGAUCACCGCGGUCCGGUCAUCAGCUACCUUGCGAACUGCAAUGGGAGCUGCGCUUCUGUGAACAAGACCGAACUUGAGUUCUUCAAAAUUGAAGAGGCUGGUCUUCUCGACAACAGCAAGUCCCCCGGAAGAUGGGCCAGCGAUGAGCUCAUGGCUGCCAACAAUACUUGGACGGUCAACAUCCCUUCCGACAUUGCAGCAGGCAAUUAUGUUCUUCGUCAUGAGAUCAUUGCACUGCACCUCGCAAAGGUAGACAAUGGUGCGCAAGCUUACCCGCAAUGCCUCAACUUGAAGGUGACAGGUGGUGGCACUGCUACACCGAAAGGCAUUCCUGCCACCCAGUUCUACACACCAACCGAUCCCGGCAUCCUAAUUGAUAUCUUCAACAGUCUUGCCACUUAUGUGAUUCCAGGCCCAGCCCUCUACAAGGCCUGGACGACCCCCUAUGCAGCGCCUCAGGGUUGUGGAUAUGGUCCCUAUGAGAACUCUUCUCAAAUCACACCUACACCUGUAGCGAGUGACGCUGAACAGAAUGGUCAAGAUUAUUGGGAUCCUGGAAGAAAAGAUCCUCCGGCUGGACUUUCCGUGUCAGGAAGCAUGCUCGAGAUUUCUCUGUGCCUUGAGGAACGAAGAGAUGAAAGGAUCCCUUUUCCGCCCCUUCCGUGCCUUGAGGAACGAAGGGUGAACCGCGCUGCGGUUACCACUUGUCGAGCCUUUGUCGUUAACUGCUUCCCCGACAAAGCUCACUUUGCAGUCGCGUGA